AUGCCUGAGAUCCUGAUCACCUCCGGGCUAUGUGUGCUCCUGGGUGCCAUAACUACCCUCGUGAUCAUGUUCCUCUUCAGGCACGAGCUGAGCAUUGUGCGGAAGGACUUCGGGCAACGCCGGAAGUACGACUUUCAGGAGCGGCUCGAGCCGAGCGGGCGCCUGAAAUUGGAAGGCGACGAGGACCUUUGGCUGGGCCCGUUGCGCGCUCUGCACGGCAAGGACGGCGCGGCAGAUGCCGCUCUGCGAAGAAUGGCUAGCCUAGGUGUGGAUGAGCAUGCCUACCAGCUUGUCCACGGCACCUUUCGCGACGGACACAAAUCCCAGGUUUUGAAGGAGCUUACCACCGAGCUUCACACGACCCUUACAGUGCCUGGGCUGCCUCCCGAACAGGUGAAGGCGCUGGGCGAAGCUCUGCAGAGCUCUGCGGCGCGGGCGGUUUGCCGCAGCGACGCGUUGGCACGGAAGCCCGGUGGACCGCUGCGAGAGAAGCGGGCGGCCGGCUUGCCUUGCUUGGCUUGCGAGCGGAUCGGGGAGCUACUCCAAGCUUUGCUGGCGGACCCAUCCUUCCGGAAGAAGAGCUUAGCAGCCAAGUUCCGGCUGCUGCCUGCGGAGAAUGGUUUGACGCAGCUGCCUAAGUGCGAGGCACCGGUGGCGCGGGUUACUUCCUGGGAAAACGCUGACGGCCCGGAGAGUCCGUUGCUGGCCGCUUGGCGCACUGAUUUGGACACAAGACAGGAUUGCCAGGAGGCCUUGGCGAAAGCUGAGGGCGCCAAGGUCUACGUGUCCCACACCGGCGAGGACAACCAAUCCAAGGGCAAGAUGAGAGGAUUGCAGGAUUUCGGCACCUGGUUUCAGGACCGCGCCGCCAAGCAGGGCAUGACGUUGCACCUCUACUUCUGGAUCGACUGCUCCUGUUUGCUCCUCCGGCCGCAGCCAGCGGGCGGUCAGAGGCAGAGGCCGGCGGUGGCCCUGCUUUUCAUCUCCGCGUGCACAGAGAUCUUGGUCUGGCGCACCCCAAACUUUGACCGCCGCGUGUGGCCGCUGUGCGUUCGGGCGCCCAGAAGGCUGCUGGCCUACUGCUUCUGCAAGGGAGGCUUGUCGCCCUAUGCCGUGGACGCUUCUGCCUUCGCCAGCCUGGAUUCGGAGGAUCCGAGAGCGGGCCUUGUGUUGGGGUGCCCUGGCUACCUGGUUACCUUAAGGUUUGCAGAGUUCAGUGAGAUCACCCCACCAAAAGUUACACCUUGCAAGGGAUCACAGAUUGACAAAGUUCCGUGGAGUCCAGCAAUCAGCUUCAAGAUGCACAUGGUGCUGCGGCCACUGGCCGCGCCGGCCUGCGCUCUGCGGCGCUUCGCGCCCAGCUGGGCCACCGUGGACCCAGAGACCAUGUCCGGGGCGAAGCCUGCCGAGGGCCUCAACCUUUGCGGUGGCAAAUGGAUGUCAUCCAAGAAGACCGAGGACGUGGUGGAUCCUUUGAACGGGGAGGUGUUUAUGAAGGUGCCUUGGCCGGGGCUGGACGAGAUCGAGCCCUUUGUAGAGCGCAUGGCACAUGUGCCCCGCACCGGGCUGCACAAUCCCUUCAAGAACCCGGACAGGUAUGUGAUGCUUGGAGAGGUUUGCGGCGCAGCAGCACGAGAGAUGUUCAAGCCUGAGGUCUCGGACUUCUUCUGCCGACUGAUUCAGAGAGUAGCCCCCAAGAGCUACAGCCAAGCGGGGGGCGAGAUCAAGGCUGUGAGGACCUGGCUGCAGGACUACAGCGGCAACAACGUGCGGAUGCUGGCGGAGUCCACCGGGCUUCCGGGGGACCACUUGGGCCAGAACACCGUGGGCUAUAGGAUGCCGUUCGGCGGCGUCAGUGUCAUCACCCCCUUCAACUUCCCCUUGGAGAUUUGCAGCUUGCAGACGCUCUCGGCCGUAUUUAUGGGCAACCAAUGCACCACGAAGGUGGACGUAAAGGUGGCCAUUGUCAUGGAGCAGUUCCUGCGGAUGCUGCAUGCCUGUGGCAUGCCCAAAACCGAUGUGGACUUCAUUUACUGCGACGGCCCUGUGUUCAAUGAGAUUUUGCUGAGCGGGAAUGCCCGGAUGACUCUCUUCACGGGCUCUCAGAAGGUGGCGGACAAAUUGGCGGUGGAUCUCAAGGGCAAGGUAAAGCUGGAGGACGCAGGCUUCGACUGGAAGAUCUUGGGCCCCGACGUGGCAGACGUGGAGUACGUGGCCUGGCAGGCGGACCACGACGCCUACGGCUUCGCGGGCCAGAAGUGCAGCGCACAGUCCAUGCUCUUCAUGCACGAGAACUGGACAGCGCCUGACGUGGACGUCGUGGGGCGCUUGGCGAAGCUGGCGGGCCAGCGGAGCCUCGAGAAGCUCACCAACUGCCCGGUGCUCACCUGGCCCACGGAGAAGUUCCUGGAGCACAUGAACCGCGUGCUCUCCAUCCCCGGGGCCUCCCUCGCCUUCGGCGGCAAGGCCCUGGAGGGCCAUCAGAUCCCCGAGAGGUACGGCGCAGUGCAGCCGACAGCGGUCAGAAUACCCAUCGAGGCGUUGGAGGACCCCCCGAGCUUCGAAAUCGCCACCGUGGAGCUCUUUGGGCCCUUCCAGGUGCUGGUGGAUUACAAGGAGGGACAGCAGCAAAAGGUGAUUGAUGCCAUCAACCGCAUGCCCAACCACCUGACCGCCGGCGUAGUGUCCAACAACCCGGUGUUCAUCAAUGAGGUCUUGGGGAAUUCCAUCACGGGCACCACCUAUGUGGGAAUGCGAGCGAGAACCACUGGGGCCCCCGUUCAGCACUGGUUUGGCCCCUCCGGCGACGUCCGCGCCGGAGGCAUCCACACGAAGCACGCCAUCCAGCUGUGCUGGUCCUCCCACCGGGAGGUGGUCUACGACUAUGGGCCCGUGACCACUAUUCCGGAGCAGAGCUGA